UUCACCUAUCCAACAGACACGUUGCUUCCGACGCAGAAAUUGGAGAUUGGAGGCGUCAUCUCCUCUCGCAAAUCGCAAGGUAACUUCUCACUCGGAAGAUUUCAGUUUCGUUUGCUUCGAGAUGGAAAUGCUGUUUCGAACACCAUUAAUUUGCCCUCUGGCUAUCCGUAUGAUGCAUACUAUAUUAGCAACACUUUUGACUCUUCGAGCACACAGAAUUCUGGGAAACAAGUGAUUUUUGAUGAACAUGGAUUUCUGUAUGUUCUGAAAAAUAAUGGAGUAAAAGUUAACAUUACACAGCUUAGUGAUGGUAACCCAAUUGAGGCUUAUUAUUACAAAGCCACCAUGAACUUUGAUGGAGUUUUGACUGUAAGUUCUUACCCCAAGGGCUCUGGUGGAGUUGCCAAUGGAAGCUGGAAAGAUUUGUUUAGAAUACCUGACAAUAUCUGUCUUUCUAAUGUAAAUCCAAUUGAAAGACUUGGCUCUGGAACCUGUGGAUUCAACAGUAUUUGCACACUGAAAUCUAAUGGAAGGCCAAGUUGUAAUUGUGCACAGGGUUAUUCCUUGGUUGAUCCAAACGAUGAGUUUGGUAACUGCACACCUGAUUUUACACAAGGUUGUGAAGGAGAAGAAGAAGGUGCUGCCAAUUUCAACCAUAACCUGUAUGAGAUGGUGGAUCUUCCAAAGACUAACUGGCCAAUGAAUGAUUAUGAGCGUUUUCCCACUUCAAAUGAACAAGACUGCAAAAGUUCUUGCCUGCAAGAUUGCCUUUGCGUGCUAGCGGUGUUUGGAGGCCGUGAUUGCUGGAAGAAAAGGCCACCGCUCACAUAUGGGAGACAGGAUGCAAGUAUUACAUCCGUUUCUUUCCUUAAAUUAAGAAAAAGUAAUGUCUCACUCGAGAGCUCCCCUGAUGAUAAUAGAACACGAAAGAAACAAACCACAAUAAUUGUUGUCAUGUCUGCACUCUUGGGCUGCUCUGUGUUUGUCAUCUUCAUAUUGCUGGGUUCCAAAUGCUUAGGUUUGUUUGCCUUGAAAAAGGAGAUAUUAGUUGGAACUUGCACAAAGAAUGUCGCUUUGGAAUGUAAUUUAAUCCAGUUUGCUUACAAAGAUCUUUACAAAGCAACAGAUGGUUUCAAGGAAGAACUAGGAAGG